GGAAGGAUGGCGUUCUGGAAACCCGGCGGCGCGAAGCCGAAGCAGACGCUCCCGCUCAGCGCGGAGGUGGAUCGCGGCGCGAUCGGCGACGGCGGGCGCCUCGUCGUGUUCAAUCGCAACGAGAACCUCGCGCUCGCGGCGCAGCGCGAGCGCUUGCCCAUCUUCAAGUGCCGCGACGCGAUCUUGUACCUCGUCGAGACGCGCGCGACGACCGUGCUCGUGGGGCAGACGGGAUGCGGGAAGACGACGCAGGUGCCGCAGUAUCUCGUGGAAUCGGGAUGGACCGCGAACGGGCGCCUCGUCGCGUGCACGCAGCCGCGCCGGGUCGCGGCGCAGACCAUCGCCGCGCGCGUCGCGGAGGAGAUGGGCGUGACCCUGGGCGAGGAGGUUGGCUACGCGGUGCGAUUCGAGAACGUCUCCACCCCGGGCGUGACGCGAAUUCGAUUCUGCACCGACGGCGUCUUGCUCAGAGAGCUCAUGAACGACCCGCUCCUCUCGCGGUACUCCGUCGUCAUGGUCGACGAAGCGCACGAGCGAUCGCUCGCGACGGACUUGUUGUUGGGGCUGCUGAAGAAAGUGCAGCGCGUCCGGCCAGACUUGAGGGUGAUCAUCGCGAGCGCGACGAUCCAGGCGGAGGACUUUAAAAAGUUUUUCGACCAGCGGCGUAUAGCGCCGAAGUCCGUCGCGACCGGCGGCGUCGGCGGCGGCGAGAACGUCGCGGACGAACCCUCGCGCGAACCCGGCGUGAUAUCCGUGGAAGGGAGAGCGCACUCGGUGCUGAUACACUACCUCGAGCAGCCGACGCCGGAUUACGUCCAAGCGGCGGUGGAGGCGGCGCUGGAGAUUCACAGGAGCGAAGGCCCCGGGGACGUCCUCGUGUUCCUCACCGGCGAGGAAGAGAUCGAGUCCGCGGUGAAGCUCCUGAACGAGGAAGCGACCGGACACGACGCGCGAAAGAUGCUCGGCGACGUCGGCGGCGGGAACGGCGCUGGCGGCCCGAUUCGCUUCACGGCGCACCCGCUCUACGCCGGGCUCUCCCCGGGGGUGCAGCUGGAGGCGUUCCGACCGGCGCCGAGGUACACGAGGAAGAUCGUCGUCGCGUCGAACGUCGCGGAGACGUCCGUCACGAUCGAGGGCGUCGUCUACGUCGUGGACUGCUGCUUCGUGAAACAGAAGGCGUAUCACCCGGAACGCGGGAUGGAAUCGCUUCUCACCGCGGAGGCGUCGCAGGCGAGCGCGAAUCAACGCGCGGGGCGCGCCGGGCGCGUGCGUCCGGGGAAGUGCUUCCGGUUGUGCACGGAGAAGGCGUUCUCCACGAUGCCGGAGAUGAGCCCGCCGGAGAUGAUCAGGUCCGACCUCGCGUCCACGGUGCUGCAGUUGAAAGCGCUCGGGAUCGACAACAUCAUGAAUUUCGAGUGGCUCUCGCCGCCGCCGGCGGCGAACAUGAUCAAAGCGUUGGAACUCUUGUACGCGCUGCAAGCCUUGGACGACGACGCGAAGCUCACGAAGCCGUUGGGGAUGCACCUCGCGGAGCUACCGUUGGAGCCGCAGCUCGGAAAGGCGCUCCUCGUGAGCGGGGAGCUGCGAUGCGUCGAGGAGAUGCUCACGGUGGCGGCGUACCUUCAGGUGAAUUCCGUGUGGGUCUCCAGCCGCGGGAGGCAAAAACUCUUGGACGAAGUCAAAGAGCGCUUCGCCGUCGCGGAAGGCGACGCGGUCACGGCGCUGAACAUCCACGCGGCGUACUGCAAGGCAGGCGGCGUCCACGGCGGCGGGAGGGCGCGCGCGUUCGCGGAGAAGAACAUGCUGUCGCACAGGGCGCUGGUGCGCGCGGCGGACAUCCGUGCGCAGCUCUCCAGGCACGUCCAACGGAUCGGUCUCGUGAGCUCGUCCUCGGGCAGGGAUUCCGCGCCGCUGCGUAGGGCGAUGACCGCGGGGUACUUCGCGAACGCGGCGACGCUCGCGCCGCACGGAGGCGGCGCCGAGGGCGCGGCGUUUCGAUCGGUGAGAGGCGGCGCGACGUUGUUUAUUCACCCGGGGAGCGUGUUGUUCCGCGCGCGGCCCACGUGCGUCGUCUUCGCGCAAGCCGUGCGGACGAAACGGGAGUACAUGCGAGACGUCACCGCGAUCGACCCGGAGUGGUUGCCCGAGCUCGCGCCGCACUUUUACGCGAGCAGGCAGAAGAGCGGGUUCGAGAGGCCCGCGGACGCGGGGAUGAUGUUGUAGUCACUUUAGGAUUUUAGCGCGCGGUCGCGUGAAUGCGACAUACUUCCGUAGGUGGG